CUCCAUUAGUAGUCAAUGGAAGGGGGUGCAAGUAACCAGGACAUCAAUAUGCCAUGGAGGGUAUAGCCUCCUUCAUACACAGAAACUUGUGGAAGCACCACCUCACUUUGCUCAGACAGGAUUCCACAGGGCAGAAUCUCUGAGCCAGAUCCAGACCAUCCUCCCUGAUCAGUGUUCUCUGUGCUCCUCAGGCCAUAGAUGAUAAAGAAAAGAAGUUCCAAUUUGUGUGACUACACAAGCCACCUCCUCUGAGCUCGCUCUACAUGGGCUCCCGAUACACCGUGUCUGGUUCACAGGAGAUGGUAAUAAUCCCUCAGGAACUGGAGCUCUCCUAUCAGAGUCCUGGGAAUGCCCAGCUCUUCUCUGAGUUACACGUUGGCCAUUUGAGGUCAAAGAUCAGCCUGUACCUAAGACAGAAGGAAGGCGGAACUCCAGUAUGGGAGGCCUUGUUGAAAUCCGGAGACCUCAGACCUGAAGCUACUCUGGUCCCUGCACACCAUACAGGUGCCCCAGCUCAGCUGCACUUUGUGGACUGGCAUCGGGAGCAGCUGGUGGCUCAAGUGACUUCGGUGGACCAAGUCCUGGACAAGCUAUAUGGACAAGUGCUGAACCAUGAGUAGUAUCAGAAGGUGUGGGCUGAGUGCACCAAUCCAGACAAGAUGAGGAUGCUGUUCAGCUUCAGCAGCUCCUGGAACAAGAACUGCAAAGAUAAACUCUACCAAGCCCUGAAGGAGUCUGACCUUCACCUGAUUAUGGAUAUCUGGGAGGGGUGGGGCCAUGGAGGAGAACCAUGAGGGCUCCUCACCUGACUGUGAGUCCUGACUCUCCUGACCAAUCUUUGGAUCUCCGUUUCUCCACCUCUAAACAAAUUGGCCUCUGACCUGCCUUCUAUUAUGAAGUUAUGGAACGUCGGUGAUGCCUUUGCUGGGCAUUACAUGUCCAUGUCCAAGAUCGCCCCAUAGGCACCCAGACUGCCUACCAUGGCUUCCACAGGCUAGCGGUCCAGGGGAUGGCAACAUCUCAGGAAUGUGCAUGUGCAGCUGGCAGGACACCUGCAAACCUUGUAGAAGCCUCACCCACACUCCCGUCCAGUGGCCACCACAGCCAGGCUGAGAGCCCUCUCUGUGCCAUGGAGAUACAGGGAGGAUGAGGGAAAAAUACAGCUGGUACCUCUCUGGAGACACACCAUAGAAAUGGACACUUUGGGAGUUUUAAAUGCCUUGUAUACAUAGAGGCAAGAACAGAUAUAUUUUUUAUUUGUCAACAUUGAGCUUGAUAUUUCUAUUAGUUCAAGUCGUGCUUUGUGGUUGUUGAAGUUUAGCUGGAUUCCUAGAGCCAGGAGAGGGUAAGGAGGCCACAGGGGGAAUGGUGUCUAGGCCUCACUUCAAUGACUUCUGCUGUGCACAGUGAUUCCAUGUCCUUGCAGC